UACCAGCCGUGCUCGAUCCACUGCUGGAUGAACGUCUCCCUUACCCCUGCCGCCGCCGCCGCCGCCCAUCUCGAGCACCUUGCACGGCACACGCGAGGCGACUUUCCUCGCUCCCAUCGUCGUCGUCUCCUCUCGGCCGCUUCGCUGUCAUCGGCGAUGGCGCGGUUCGGUUGUUGGCGCGCGGUUAUCGUGUCGCGCGCAUCGAGAGUGUUAUCGAUAGAUCGAUGUUAAUGUGCCGUUCUGUUGAGGGACUACUGUUGUGUGGUGUUAUCGAUAAGAUCGAUGUUAUUGUAACGUUCUGUUGAGGGACUACUGCUGUUGUGUUAUCGAUAGAUGGACGUUAAUGUGCCGUUCUAUUGAGGGACUAUUGCUGUUGUGUUAUCGAUUGAUCAAUGUUAAUGUGCCGUUCUGUUGAGGGACUACUGCUGUGUGGCGUUAUCGAUAAGAUCGAUGUUAUUGUAACGUUCUGUUGAGGGACUACUGCUGUUGUGUUAUCGAUAGAUGGACGUUAAUGUGCCGUUCUAUUGAGGGACUAUUGCUGUUGUGUUAUCGAUUGAUCAAUGUUAAUGUGCCGUUCUGUUGAGGGACUACUGCUGUGUGGCGUUAUCGAUAAGAUCGAUGUUAUUGUAACGUUCUGUUGAGGGACUACUGUUGUAUGGUGUUAUCGAUGGAUCGAUGUUAAUGUGCCGUUCUAUUGAGGGACUACUGCUGUGUGGUGUUAUCGAUAGAUGGACGUUAAUGUGUCGUUCUAUUGAGGGACUAUUGCUGGUGUGUUAUCGAUUGAUCAAUGUUAAUGUGCCGUUCUAUUGAGGGACUACUGCUGUGUGGUGUUAUCGAUAGAUCGAUGUUAAUGUAACGUUCUGUUGAGGGACUUCUGCUGUGUUGUUAUCGAUAGAUCGAUGUUAAUGUGCCGUUCUAUUGAGGGACUACUACUGCUGUUGUUAUCGAUAGAUCGAUGUUAAUGUGCCGCUCUGUUGAGGGACUACUACUGCUGUGGUGUUAUCGUGGUGUGGUCAGGGAUUGUUUUGCUAUUUUCUGCCUCGCCUAAGCGCGAUAAAUCGGACUAAAUGUGUGUAUCGUGUAAGUUAUAUUUAGUGCCUUCCCUUUCAAGCAUUUUCUCACAUUUUUUGCACCCCAUAUCGUUUGCUUCAUAGCUCAUCGGAUUCCUCCAGUCUCUCUUAAAUAAAGAGCCCACCCCCUCUUUGUCAUUGGGGUCAUUGUUGAAUGCUUCACUAGUGACGAGGGUGCAUUCCGGAUUUUAGGGCUAGGCACAGACGAGACAAUGCCCUGUGAGGCUGGCGCAUAUCGCAAAUAACUCGACGCGGUAACAUUGAGUGGCCCUGAAUUAGAUAUAUUAUCCAGUACAGGUUCCCCCCCUCCCUCCCUCCCUCGCUUUAUGCGGUAGUUGGUGGUAGAUGCGUGUCAAAAAAGAUGUGGGCGCACAAUUCGAAACCGCACGAGGAGACAACUGCCUGCCGAGUCUCGAGCGCGCACAGUGCACACACACACACACAAUGUUGUCCCACGUCCUCCGAUUAGCUCAGUUGGCCACGUACGGUACGAAGGAAGUUCUACGUAUAGGGGCACAACGAUCUAUUUUCAACGGGGGUAUGCAAGCUACGACAUUCUCCCGACUCUUUUACUGAAAUAGCUACGGAUGUGUUUAACCCGUAUACAAUAAUACGUAGGCUAGAACUAUAUUAUUUUAGUUGCACCGUGCAUUGGGUUUAGAGGAAGACAGUUUCACCACAGUGACAGUAUUCAUCAAAAAAUACAUCUUGAAAGGUACAAUACUCACAAUUAACUUACCAUGCGUUUUGCUUUCAUGCCGGCUCCAUCGGUCUAGGAUUGUCUCAAAGGGGGUAGAUCGCACAACGUUAUGCUGCUAAAUUGAUAAGAUAGCCACGGAUAAGUUAAUUGUGCUUGGUCCAUAGUAGACCGCAGGUAAUUUUUAAUUAAUAGAUUUUUAAAAAAUCGUUUUGUGACCGACUGGGCCCCUAUGCGUCGCACAACGCUGCACAAUAACCUUAUUCAAUGCCAGGCAUUGAUUUUCGCCCAGAUCCUGUGCUAUUGUGUUGAACUUUAUGAAAAUAUAUUCCACAGUUUUGACAAUAUUACCAAGGCUGACCUGAGAAAUGUGUUUUAUUGUGGAAAGAGUGACAAUCUUAGCUGUGAUAGUAUAGAAAGUCUAGGUGGGAUAGCAUAGAUUACACUACAUAUAAAUGUAACGGUUUUAUUGCCUUCCUGCCAAAUUACCUGUCACAAUUGCUAUGAACGCUUUAACCAAACUCGGUUAUGUCCGAGGUUGUUGUACACGGCCUAUUUACAAGUGUGACAAUAUUAUUUUGGCACCCUUUUUGAUUUAUAUCAAAGCACAACGUACUUUAUAAAUGUUGUAUCCUGUUUGCAGUAAGUUCUGGCGUGGGUUUCGUGUAAAUAUUUUGUUGCUGUUGCUCGUGUUCGUUUGCACAUUCCGAUGCGUGUGUCACAUCCGGUAACUGCCAUCACUGCCGACGUCCUUGGUCUUGUGGUCUUCCUUGUACAAGAGCCGGUUUAGCUCGGUGGACCUUAGCAGCUGAAAUACAGUACCGAGUCUCAAUUUUAAAAUCGAUGGAGCGGCAGCCGAGGGAGGGGGGAACGCCUGUGGCGGUGCGUACCGCGGAGAUGGAGCGAUGGAAUCGGCACUUUGCGCAGACUUGCAGCUCGCUGCCAAGCUUGGCAAGUCGCUGCUCGAGAGGAACAAGGAGUUGGAGUGUUCCCUGCAGCAGCUGUACAUCACCAAUCAGGACCACGUGCUGGAGAUCGAGCACCUGACACGGCAGCUGGAGCUUCUGCGUGAAAAUGGCGAGCGACAUGCGCAGGUGUACGAGCACCUGGACGUGGCGUCACGUGACCUCGAGCUCGCCAACCGCCGGCUGCUGCUGGAGGGACGCAACUCGCAGCAGAGGAUAGCCGGGCUGUCGGAGCAUGUGGAGGGCCUGCAGGCGCAGGUGGUGGAGCUGCAGAAGCAGCUAGAGGAGCUGCGCAGGUCCGGCGAGGCGAGCGCGCGGCGCGAGAAGCGCGAGCGCCGGCGCACGGUGCACGGCGUGCCGGUGCUGCACGACAUACGGAGGUAUUUGGGAACGGACCGCGUGUCGGCCGAUAUCCUGGUGAGCGGCCAGGACGGCGGCGCUGACCAGCGGGAGAGCGAGGUGCAGUGCCUACAGCGCUCGGUCAAGUCUCUAAGCGCCAGCCUGGCUCGCGAGCGGGAGCGGUGCGGAAACCUGGAUCUGGAGCUCGCACUGGCGCUGGCGGAAAACUCCGACAUGGACCAGCGCCUCGCCGACCUGGAGCCCUGGCUGGAGCGCACCCAGGAGCUGGAGAAGGAGCUGCUGGAGAUGAGCCGGAUCCGGCUGUCCGAGGGCGAGCGCCUGCAGCGGCUGCUGGCGACGGCGGAACUUGCGGCCGAAUCUUUGCUGAACGGGGACCGUGGUGUGGGCGACAUGGAUAUCGCGAAGCUGCAGAGCCUGCUGGGACACCCCGAAGCCGACACGGGGUCCAGCGCCGGGAGCUGCCGGGAGCUGGGGGACAGCUGCGACGGGGACAAGACCGCAGCGCACCAUACCCAUGGCUCCGUGGAAGAGCCAGGUCCCACAGCCAGGGGUCCCGUGUCCAUCCUGAGCGAAGUGAGCGAGCAGUAUGCCGCCCUGCAGGCUCGCUACGAGGAUCUCCUGGCCAGGAUGCACGACCGGAGUGUGAACCUGCAGCACCGCGCCGUCCAGACCGGCUCCACCCACUCGGUCGGGCGGAGCAGAGAGAUCGCUGCCGCCGCCACCCAAGCAACCGCCGAAACCUCGGACGCCCCGGGAAGCUGGGUGGACAUCGGCACGGCGGCUGAUUGCGGUGCUUCACACGGUCCCGACGAACUCCCGGCAGGAGCCGGCAGCGCGGCAGCGCCGUGCGCCGAGCACAGCGCCACUCGCGCCCUCAAGCGCGAGGCCCGGAGUGACACGCCCGCCGGUCCUCGCAGACGCGCCGCGUCAAGCGAUGGCAGCCGGAGCGCGGGCGGCGGUGCCCGUGGGGAGCCGGGGGAGAGAAUGGCAGUGGCAAUGGUGGCGCAAUACGUCCAGAGGGCGGAGCGGGGCGAACAGCCCGAGUACAAGGCCCUGUUCCAAGAGAUUUUCAUGCACAUUCGGAAAACCAGGGAGGACAUUUGUGCUGCCAAGGCUUUGAGGGGCACUCCCAGGCCCCAGCACUCAUAACGCUGUCUCUGACUGCCCUACGGUUCCAGGCACCUACUAUGCUCUACAUUCAGGUGUAACUGAAGGUGGCACAUUGAUAGAUGCAGUGAAAGCUUGGAUAUGAGCACAGCCCUUGGGAGCAAGGCCAUGUGUGUUGAUAUCCGAAGUAGUGUGUUCGUUUUGCCCAUCCCCUCCCCCCCAACCAGUGCAACGUAAGCAUGUGUUGCUUAUAUGAAAACUGUGCUCAUAUUAGUUGUGGUUAUAUCCAGUUUAUACUGUAUUUCUAAGCAGUGAUGUAAGAAGGUAUCCCAACACUGAACAAUUAACACUGCAAAUUAUUCAUUUGGGAUUACACAUGGCAACCACUGCCCCGACUGCAAAAAUUUGGCAAGCCCCUCCUGGAAAAGAGGUGAAAAUUUAGUGAGGCCUUCCUUUGCAAACAAGCAUAAAAAUAAUACCCGGGCGGGCGGGUGAAUCUUCUACGUGCCGAACGAAAGCUCUGCAGCGUGGUUCUGUUGUAAGGCAGUGCUGCUGCUGAUGAUGGUGGUGACUUUAUAUUUUUGCUUUACACGUACUGCCCACACAGCCCCUGCUGUGUUGUGAACCAAAAUCAGUUGUCAUCAAGUUACUUAUUGUUAUUUUGACACCUAAAAGAGUGCGGUAAAGGUUUCCACCAAGUGUUGAAACCAACCAGGUCACUAAUUCAUUCAUAACGAAUGCAAAUGUCUAACUAAGCAGUAAUUUAUUUGUUUUAAUUUAUUGUGAAAUUAAAAUGCAGGUAUUUCUUGAGUUUGUAGAGAAAUGUUUAUCUGCAGAAUUGUAAUGAACAUGAACAGCAUCAGACCAUGCGUAGGAACAAACAAAUGCUACGUCGUGUGAAUGAAAAUGAAGCUGAAUUAUUUGAGGUUCUUUAAAAAUUAUUACUGUGUACACUGCCUAUAAACAUAAAUGUAUAAAA